CGGGGCUAUGGAGAGGAGGAGGAAGAUGGCGGGAGGGCGGCUCUGAGGAGACCUCGGCGGCGGCGGAGGAGGAGAGAAGCUCAGCGCCGCGCCGCGCCGCGCCGGGGCCCAUGUGGGGAGGAGUCGGAAUCGCUGUUGCCGCCGCCGCCGUCGUUGCCGCCGCCUGGAACUGCGGGACCCGAGUUGGGGGUGAGGGGGGAACGCCAAGAUGAAGUUCGCUGAGCACCUCUCCGCGCACAUCACCCCGGAGUGGAGGAAGCAAUACAUCCAGUAUGAGGCUUUCAAGGAUAUGCUGUAUUCAGCUCAGGACCAGGCACCUUCUGUGGAAGUUACAGAUGAGGACACAGUAAAGAGGUAUUUUGCCAAGUUUGAAGAAAAAUUUUUCCAAACCUGUGAAAAGGAACUUGCCAAAAUCAACACAUUUUAUUCAGAAAAGCUCGCAGAGGCUCAGCGCAGGUUUGCUACACUUCAGAAUGAGCUUCAGUCAUCACUGGAUGCGCAGAAAGAAAGCACUGGUGUUACUACGCUGCGACAGCGCAGGAAGCCAGUCUUCCAUCUGUCCCAUGAAGAACGUGUGCAACAUAGGAAUAUUAAAGACCUUAAACUGGCCUUCAGCGAGUUCUACCUCAGUCUUAUCCUGCUGCAGAACUAUCAGAAUCUGAAUUUUACAGGGUUUCGAAAAAUCCUUAAAAAGCAUGACAAGAUCCUGGAAACAUCUCGUGGAGCAGAUUGGCGAGUAGCUCAUGUAGAAGUGGCCCCAUUUUAUACAUGCAAGAAAAUCAAUCAGCUCAUCUCUGAAACUGAGGCUGUAGUGACCAAUGAACUUGAAGAUGGUGACAGACAAAAAGCUAUGAAGCGUUUACGUGUUCCCCCUUUGGGAGCUGCUCAGCCUGCACCAGCAUGGACUACUUUUAGAGUUGGCUUAUUUUGUGGAAUAUUCAUUGUAUUGAAUGUUACCCUUGUGCUUGCCGCUAUAUUUAAACUUGAAGCAGAUAGAAGUAUAUGGCCCUUGAUAAGAAUCUAUCGGGGUGGCUUUCUUCUGAUUGAAUUCCUUUUCCUACUGGGCAUCAACACGUACGGUUGGAGACAGGCUGGAGUAAAUCAUGUGCUCAUCUUUGAACUUAAUCCAAGAAGCAAUUUGUCUCAUCAGCAUCUCUUUGAGAUUGCUGGAUUCCUUGGGAUAUUGUGGUGCCUGAGCCUUCUGGCAUGCUUCUUUGCUCCAAUUAGUGUCAUCCCCACAUAUGUGUACCCACUUGCCCUUUAUGGAUUUAUGUUUUUCUUUCUUAUCAACCCCACCAAAACUUUCUACUAUAAAUCCCGGUUUUGGCUGCUUAAACUGCUGUUUCGAGUAUUUACAGCCCCCUUCCAUAAGGUAGGCUUUGCUGAUUUCUGGCUGGCUGAUCAGCUGAACAGCCUGUCAGUGAUACUAAUGGACCUGGAAUAUAUGAUCUGCUUCUACAGUUUUGAGCUCAAAUGGGAUGAAAGUGGGGGCCUGUUGCCAAAUAAUUCAAAAGACCUAGAAAUUUGCCACAAAUAUACAUAUGGUGUUCGGGCCAUUGUUCAGUGCAUUCCUGCUUGGCUUCGCUUCAUCCAGUGCCUACGCCGAUACCGAGACACAAAAAGGGCCUUUCCUCAUUUAGUUAAUGCUGGGAAAUACUCUACAACUUUCUUCAUGGUGACAUUUGCAGCCCUUUACAGCACUCACAAAGAACAAGAUCACUCAGACACCAGAGUAUUCUUUUACCUGUGGAUUGUCUUUUAUGUCAUCAGUUCCUGCUAUACUCUCAUCUGGGAUCUGAAGAUGGACUGGGGUCUCUUUGAUAAGAAUGCAGGAGAAAACACCUUUCUUCGGGAAGAGAUUGUAUACCCCCAAAAAGCCUAUUACUACUGUGCCAUCAUAGAGGAUGUGAUACUGCGCUUUGCUUGGACUAUUCAACUCUCAGUUACCUCCAUGACUACGUUUCCUCAUAUUGGGGACAUCAUAGCUACUGUCUUUGCUCCCCUUGAGGUAUUCCGGCGAUUUGUGUGGAACUUCUUCCGCCUGGAGAAUGAACAUCUGAAUAACUGUGGUGAAUUCCGUGCUGUGCGGGACAUCUCUGUGGCCCCUCUGAAUGCAGAUGAUCAGACACUUCUAGAGCAGAUGAUGGACCAGGAUGAUGGAGUACGAAACCGCCAGAAGAACCGGUCGUGGAAGAACAGCCAGAGCAUAUCCCUGCGCCGGCCUCGCCUCGCUUCUCAAACCAAGACUCGUGACACUAAGGUACUGAUAGAAGACACAGAUGAUGAAGCUAACACUUGAAUCCUCUGAAGUCUAGAUGAACAUCCUUGGUUUUCCUACUCUACAAUUCUUUCCUCGACCAACGCAACCUCUAGUACCUUUCCAGCCGAAAACAGGAGAAGAUACAUAACACAUUUUCUGAGCUCUUCCAGAUCGGAUCCUAUGGACUCCAAACAAGCUCACUGUGUUUCUUUUCUUUUAUUCUGGGUUAAUUUUCAUUUUCUAUUUUUAAAACAAAUAUUUACUUCAUUUUGCCAAUCAGAGGACAUUUUAAGGAACAAAAACAUAGUAUCAAAUGGAUUGUUUACAAUCACAAGGACACAGAAACCUAUCAGGAUGAAGAACAGGCACUGCAAGGACCCUGUGAUGGGACGGUACUGAGUUACCUUGGCUUCUGCUUGGCCCGGUUUUGACUGGUUGAAACCGGACAUUAGUUUUUAAAUUUUUCGUCAGUUUAUGUGGAGAAUUUUUUCCUUUCCUUCAUACCCAGCGCAAAAGCACUGGCCGCACUUGCAGGGAAAGUGCAACUUAGAGCAGUACCUUCAUUCAUGAAGCUACUUUUUAAUUUGAUGUAACUUUUCUUAUUUUGGGGAGGGUUGCUGGGUGGGUGGGAAGUAUGAUGUAUUUGUUACAUAUAGUUUUCUCAUUAUUUAUGAAACUUAAUCAUAAAAGAAUGAUCUAACUCCUGUGCAAUGAAGGUGAUAACAGUGAAAGAAGACGGGGGAAACUAACGUUGGACAGCAUUUAUGAGGGUUUAGUCCACAAUACCUCUUUCAUGGGACAACUUGCACCCGUUUGACUUUCUUUUCUUUCUUUUUAAUUUUAAGCCAAAGCUUCAUUACUGAUUUCCUUAAGUCGCUGCUGCUUUAGAAUUCUGAGAUUGUCUCUCAUAACAAAACAUCCGCACACUUUCACACAACCGGUUAAAAUUUAAGAGGUCUGAUACCUUUUUUUUUUCUUUGAGGAGCAGAUGUGGAAUACAUUUUCCCAUAUUCCAACCAUAACAACUAAAGUUAUGCCUAAUUAAGCUUCAGCAUGUAAGGUAAUCGAAGUAUAGCCUUGUAUAGCCUUUACUAACUCUGAAUUAGAAGACAAAGCUAUUUCAGGGUCUCUACACCCUCAUUGGAUAGCUUUUCUUCUGGGCUCACUUCCAUUAGCCUGAAUGUGAUCAAAGUAAGUCUGUCUUGGGGAAACCAUAUUUUUGAGAGCAUAGAACAAAUUAUCCUUCCUCUUUCACAUUAUGCUGAUAAAACAGACCUUGGCAGCCAUUUCUCCCAGCAGUUUUAAAGGAUGACAUUGGGUUGUAUGCCCUCCUUGAUAGAAAACUCACUUGUAAAAUUUUGAGGGUCUAAGCUUGGUCAUGCACAAAAGGUAUAUUACUAGGCAAUUCAGACUGUCGUGGUCUGUUCACAAUGUCCAUUUGCACUUUGUCUAAUUUCUUUCCUAUGUUCCUAAACUUAAUCCAAAUAAGCCCAAAAACUAUAAAGGAUUUUACUCUUGAAUUUGGUUAGCAUUAAAUAUAGCAUUUCGUUAUCUAACACAAUUAACAUAAAUACCAAGAAAAGUAAAAUGUGUUUUAAUCCUCCUGUCUUUCCAGAUCCAGGUGAAGAUUCAACAUCAUUGGAUUUGUGAAAUUAAAUUACUUAUGUUGUUUUCAGUCUAAUUUUAGACAAAAGAACAAAUGAAUGGAAGGGCAGCUAUUAUUGCUUACUUAGUCUAAAAAACAUGUUUACUGCCCCUUGAAAUACCCCUUUUAUCAUCAGCUCUUCUCCCAUGCAUCACAAGUCUUCACUCAUCCCUGUCAUAAUUUCAAUAGAUUAUAUUAAUGUUAUUCUUACUAGCAAAAUUCUAUCAAUUAACUGACAAUAGUUUCUUUUUAAAGUACUUUCUUCCAUCUUGAUUCUGAAAAUGUUCCCUUUCUGAAUCAAAAUACUUUUUUCUUCUGAAAAAUCAUACAGCUUUGUGGUUUUUAUUGCUUUUUUUGUGUGUUUUGCCAAGCAUAUUUCUUGUCCCAAAACUGAAGAAGAAAAGUUUAAUUACUGAUUUUUUUUUUAGUUUAAAUAAAUUGAAUCAUUUAUGGUAAUCAGUGAUAACGAGUUAGUGCCCCAUAAUAGAUUAAAGGUUGCAUUAUUUUUUCCUAACUAUUGUUUUUGUACUUUAAAAGUAUGGGGGAAAUAUCACUGGUCUGUUAAGAAAUAGCAGUAAUUAAUACUGAAUUAUAUAGAUAAGUCCAGUGGACCAGUCAUUUCUUAUACAAAUAAAAUUGGUGGUACUAAUGUGUAUCCAGAGCAAUUUGAAUUAUCAACUCCAUUCUCUAUUAGCAAUUUGAAUGAUCAACUCCAUUCUCUGUAUCAUGACACACACAAAAUCUUACAGGUGACUUCUGGCAUAUGAACUCCUCAGUGUGUCCUGUGGCCAAUUUGGUGUUUAUUCAACUAUAAUGAUUUUAGGCCCUAAUCAGUAUUAUUUAUUCAUAGAUAAUAUAAUGUUAGAAUGUAUUCCUUUUCUGGUGUAUUUGUCCUAUUAGCAUAGUCUAUUCAAAAAUGAUAGGGCUUACAUAACUUUCAGCUUACCAUGACAGAUGCUUAAAUGUAUAUUUAAACAUACGCACAGCUUUAUGUUUCUCCUAAAGCUGUAAAGAGAAAAGAGGGCUUUUCCUCAUCAAGAGGAAGCAGUUUGGGAGACAGAAUAUACAUUUCAAUUUUUUUCUCCAAAAAAGACAGUGUAUUUUUUUCUCCUAAGUUUUAUAUGUUCUAGCAGUUGGGAAUGCUCUGUGCAACCUAAAAUUUUAAUGGAGACUCCUGUGCACUGAAACUCUCAGUAGGACUCUUAGGAAAUGAAUAUUACAGAGUCAUAUGAAAGGAACAGCAAUCUAACCAAAGGUAAACUUUCAUCUGAUUUUAGGUUUAGAAAUUCUAGUUUUAUUUUAUUUGGAAAGUGUGCAAUUUAUGAUACCAGUUAAAAUACUCCCCAAAGGACUGUAAAGGAAAUAUAAAUAAAAGAAUGAAGUUCAUUUUUUAUUUUGUGAUAGAUAGUAUGGAAAGCAUUGAUGUGUAUAGAGAAAGUAGAAGACAAAAGUGGCUUAUUUUCCAUGCACAAAUAUGCACCUUUAAGGCUGCCUAUACCAUUAAAAUGGAGUAAUUGAUUUCAUAUCUUACAGAGCGACAACAAAAUAAUCAAAGGUUAAGUCAUUAAUUAGGUUAAAAUGGUUAUUUUUAAGAUUGGAAAGAAGUUGAAAACCCAUGUGCAACUUUCUUUUCCAGCAUCUACCAUUUUUCUCCUUAAGAAAGCUGUUUAACUUCAGAUUCAAAAGCAAUGAUGUGAGGAGAACGCCAGUCACCUCAGCAGUAACCUAUAUGGACCCUUAAAGAAGGAAAAUGGGACUCAGCCCUUAGGAUCUAUGACUUCCCAAUAUUCUCAACAUGAGAGUUCUAAGAAAUUAACUGAGAUUUUACUAGAGGUAAAAUCCACCAUGGUUUGACUGAAGUACGUUCAUGAUCACUAGAGAAAGUUCAUCCUUUCUUACCAGGUAAAAGAAGAAAGUAAUUUAUUACUGAGUCCUGCAGGCAUCAGAUUAACAGACAUAGUUGAAGAGAAAUCAAAUAAUUGUGGAGAUAGCAGAAAAGAGCAAGAAGAUAUUGGAACUUGGAAGCAAAUGCAGGGCGGUUAGGAAGGUAGGUGAACUCCAUGGCACAGAGAUGAUGCUGUCUCUCCUCUCAGUGGUUAUGUUGCUGCCAGAGACCUGCCUUUAUUUUCCUGUCAUCUUUGUCCAUUACUUUGCAUUAUUCAAGAAAUAGUUCUUCAUGCCCAAAUGUCAUUUUUCAAGCAAUAACUAGCAAAAUGUCUUAGGCUAAGGAAAAUAAUUUAGAAAAUAACUCUAUCCAUGGUAUUAUUUUAUUCAAAAACUUAGAAUUCUCUGAAAUUUUUGCACUUUAUUUGGUAAACAAAUUUCAAAUUACUGUUUUUUUUAUCAUUUGCAUAAUAUUUGCCUUUCUUGCUAUAUAACAUUUAAAUUUUUAAAAUUAAGACAGCUGCUCAGAUUUCAGAAAUAAUCAUGUUGAAUCUCUGGCUUUCUCAACUUCAAAAUCACCAUGCUUUUCUCAAAUCUAAUAAAAAGGCCAAUAUCAUUACACAUAAGAUCUAUAGUCACUACGUUAAGACAAUAAAAAUUUUGGUAGAACUUUGGGGAAAAGUUAGGUAAAGAAUAAAUCCAAUUUAUCAGCUUAGUUCAUUUUCUUUUUAUGAUGCAUCUAAAUUGUGUUUUUUGCUUGUGAUAAUUAACUGAAGCAAGGAGAGUUUAGGUGAGAUUUUAAAAAUUAAGCAUACAUGUCUGCAUUUGAGGUAUCAGUCUUGAUAGUAAAUUUUAAAAUAUAAGUGUCUGCAUUGAAUUUCAGUCUAAACAAUGUCAGAGCACAGUGGUAAUAUAGGAUAGAAUUGAUUAUAGUAGAGCAUAAGAAAUUUGUGCUGAUCUGUGCUACAACACUAAUAAUUUUACCAGCACAAAACCACAUUCCAUCCAACAAAUAUGAAAAAAGCAUCUCGUUAGAUUUGGAAGAGCUAAUAAUAAGCUCUGUGAGAAUUUUGCCUGGGAAUAGAGAGGAGCCUGCUGAUUGGUGUGGCUCAUAAUGCCUUUCUUGUAUGAACUGGCAAAAUUCUUGAUAUUGAGGUGCCCCUUAAAAACAACCUUCCAAGAUGUAUUGGCUUAUUUAAACCCAGGAAAGAGGUAGGGAAAGGGACAAGAUGAGAGUUUCCUUGAGGAGAAUCAUUAUAGCAGUUUUCAUCUAAUGUAUGUUUCCUUGUAGCAGACCUUCGGUUUAUUUUAUUAAAGCCACCUUCAGGUUUGGGGGGUGGGAGCGGGAUUUGACUCUUUUUUUUUUUUUAAUGGUGCCAUUGAACCUAAGGACAAUCAAAUAACCAACUGUUUGCCUUGGAUUUAGUGUGUCUGCUAAUUACACAAUCUCAUCUGUAUACCUUCAAACCAGUUACUCGAUUAAACUUCUACCAUAUUAUCUUAGUUCUUCCUCUGCCUUUUCCUCUGAACCACCACCAAUCAGAGGGAAGACUUACAAACAGAAAGAUGUAGACUUCUAAGAAAGAGCAAGAUUCCAUCUCACUAUCCCUUUAUCAUAAUCUCUGAAGUCCUUACCCAUACUUCCCUGAUUAUCGUAUAGCAACACCAGCAUGGUGAGAAUAAUCGGAAAGAUUGUGGGGAAUCUAGAAAGAGUAAUUGAUCAUGACAUUGUUAUUCUUUUGAACUGUAAAAUUGUGAGCCACUCACAUUUGCAAAAAAGAGCAGAACUCAUAAGCUUUAUCACAUUGUGAAGAUUAAUUUCUUGCUAUUUUCCAGAUUAGCAUAGAAAUUUGUGUCAAUGAAGAGUAUUUAGGAGGGGAAUAGGGUGAAAUGUAUGUUUUUUUUCAAAUCCUCUCGCUCUACUCAUGUUUCCUUUCACCCCCUACCACAUUGUGUUGGUCAAAUGAUGCUAUUCUAUAAAACCCUGAGCUAUAGUUGUCAAAAGUAACUAUGAAAUGUGAUUAGUCCUCUGUGGGUGGUGCUUUCCUUUUUUUCUCCCGUUCUUACUCUCUCCACUCUGGUAAAUGGAAAAGGUGACGUCAAAGAAUUGAUGCUUGCUUGGACUCACGUUGUAUCUGUGACUAUGGUAUUAGCUGUCUCCUUUUUCCUUUUUAAAUGGAUAGAAUUCUUAUGAAGUGUGGAGUUCCCUUCUUGAUAAGUAGGUAAAAUGCAUAAUGUGGUACUGUUUUAUAGUUUCUAGAUGGUUGUAUAAAGCAAAAAGUUAUUGUGGUUAUGUGUUUUUAAAAGAAAAUAAGUGAUUGGUUACAAAACUCUGUCCCUUUUUUUCAUUAUUACAAGCUCUCUCUGUUUUCCAACA